GAGAAGGGUAAAAACGGAACUGCAGAAGAUGAAACGGCAGAGGAUGACAUAAAUACCCCCAAACCCUAGAAGGUUGUCUCUGUUGCUUCAUGUUCCAUAGUCGAAGCGACCCUUUUACCCCUCUCAUCUCCCAUUCUUCUAAACCAUUGCCCUUCUGAUUCCAAGGUUUCACUACCCACAGAAAGCUUUCAAUUUUGGAGAUUAUUUGGAUCUGGGAUUUCGGAAUUUGUUCUGGGGGUGUUAUUGAUAUUUUGGGGGAUUCUGUUCUCCACUGUUCCUCAGUUUGUGACAGAAGCAUCUUUGUUUAUGUAAAAGUGGUGAAUUUGUGAUGGCAAACCAUGGUUUAGUUCUUGGUCAAAGUCGUGAUCCGUCGUCCGUGCCAAUUCGCCAUUUGGGAUUAGACCAUACCGAUGAUCGUGAUGCUGUUCAUGAAUUAGGUUCUGACCAGAUUCAGGGUGUGGAUAUGGGAUGUAAACAAGAUAAUCAAGGACUGGACCAGAGUCAGAUACAGGAGCAUGACAUGGCUUCUCAAUCUCAACUUCAACAACUAGAGCAUGCUCAGAGUGUUAAGGAAAAUGGUGAUAAGUUGGAUGCAGAUGAUCAGGCUCAUGAGGACCAUGCUGAUUCUGAUAACCAUGAUAAUAGAUUGGCUUCGAGUGAUGAGGCAUUUGAGUUGAACUUAUCAGAUCCAGAUAAUCUUCAACUAGCUGUUAUUGAGGAUCAUGAUGAUCUUCAUGAGAAGUUAGAGUUUUCCUUGGUUGAAAAUGAGGAAAUGGAUGAUCGACAAGUCUCAGAUAUGAUUGAUGAGCAAACAAUGGAUUCGGUUUGCACUCCUCCUGUCCUUCAGUCGCGAGCCCUUGAUCCUUCUUAUAACCAUCAACUGUUCGUGGGGCAACAGUUUCCUGAUGUUCAUAGCUGCCGUAGAGCAAUGAGGGAGGCAGCCAUUGCUCUUCGCUUUGAGAUGCAGACGGUCAAAUCAGACAAGGUUCGUUUCACUGCCAAAUGUGCAAGUAAAGGAUGCUCUUGGAGAAUUCAUGCUGCAAAGCUCCCUGGUGUUCCUACCUUCACAAUCAGGACCAUCCGCGGGGAACAUACUUGUGCAGGAAUUACCCAUCUAGGUCAUCAGCAGGCCACAGUGCAAUGGGUUGCUAAUUCUGUGGAAAGACAACUUAGGGAAAAUCCUGAUUGCAAGCCAAAAGAGAUACUAGAACAGAUCCACCGAGAUCACGGGAUUGCCUUAUCAUAUAAACAGGCAUGGAGGGGAAAGGAACGGAUCAUGGCUGCUGUUAGGGGCUCAUUUGAAGAAGAUUAUCGCCUACUGCCACAGUACUGUGAUCAACUCAAAAGGUCAAAUCCUGGAAGCAUUGCAAUGGUUAAUGGAAAUCCUUCUGAUGGCUGUUUCCAAAGCCUAUUUAUAUCAUUUCAAGCAUCAAUUUAUGGGUUUUUGAAUGCUUGCCGUCCCCUUAUUGGACUUGACUCUGUUCCCCUUAAAAGUAAGUAUCUUGGAACUUUGCUUCUAGCUAUAAGUUUUGAUGGAGAUGGUGGUCUUUAUCCCCUAGCAUUUGGGGUGGUAGGUGAAGAAACUGAUGAUAACUGGAUGUGGUUCCUAUCUGAGUUGCACACUCUACUUGAAACUAAUGCUGAGAACAUGCCAAGACUUUCAAUUUUGUCCAGUAGACAGAAAGGUAUUGUGGAUGGAGUAGAUAUGAACUUCCCCACUGCUUUUCAUGGGUUCUGCAUGCAUUACUUGAGUGAAAAUUUCCUGAAAGAAUUCAGCAAUGAAGUUCUGAGCAACAUUCUCUGGGAAGCUGCUUGUUCCCUCACUGCCAUCGAUUUCGAAACCAAAAUCCUCGAGAUAGAGGAGAUUUCAGAGGAAGCAGCAGCAUGGAUUCGAAGAUUCCCUCCUCAAUUAUGGGCCGCAGCAUAUUUUGAAGGAAGCAGGUUUGGCCAACUAACAGCAAAUAUGGUUGAAUCUCUGAAUUCUCUGAUAGCUGAAGCCUCAGGACUGCCAAUCAUUCAAAUGAUGGAGUGCAUCCGCAGGCAACUAAUGACACUCUUCAACGAGCGGCGUGAAGCGAGUAUGCAGUGGUCGAGCAUCUUGGUCCCUUCUGCUGAGAUGGCGGUGUCAGAGGCGAUAGGACAUGCACAAAUGUACCAGGUGGUACGAGCAACUGAAGCUGAAUUUGAAGUUUUGUGCCCUUCAGAUUCAGGGAGAAACAUAGUGGACAUUCGCACACGGUGCUGCACAUGUUAUGGAUGGCAAAAGUGUGGUCUGCCAUGUUCUCAUGCUGUGGCGGUUCUCCUCGCGUGCCGGCAGAACGUGCAUCGAUUCACUGAAAGUUACUUCACUGUGACGAGCUAUCGCAAAGCAUAUUCACAAACCAUACACCCCAUUCCAGACAGAACCAUGUGGAACAAGUUAAUUGGGUAUGAAUACGAUAGUGGUGAUGCUAGUACAGCUAUGGAGGUUGUCAUAACUCCACCAAAGUCUAUGACACCACCGGCAAAGCCUAGGAAAAGGAGAGCUUCUGCUGCUCAAGAUAGUGGAGGUCGAACGAAGCGUGUUGUGCAUUGCAGCCGCUGCAACCAGCCUGGUCAUUUUCGAAGUACAUGUACUGUCCCUAUGUAAAUUAAGUAUAUACAGCAUAGGAUACAAUGUCUUAUACUUGCAGUAUUCCGGCAUAGGUCUGGUUUAGUAUUAAGAUUAGAUUAUGAUUAGACAGAUGCACAUUCUUUACUAGUUCAGAUACAAUCGUGCGCUUCUUUUUGGUUCUGGAAGAAACUAGUGAUUAUAGAUUAUACUACAUGCAACAUUUUUAUCUC